AUGAAGCAAUCAUCAACAGAGGUAACUGAUAAUGAAGUUGCAAGCAAAUUGCCUGCUGUAAUAUCAAAUAACCCACGAGAACUACUAUAUGCUGAGCAGGUUUCCAUAGAAAAUAUUCUGGCCACUAAGAAAAAUCAGAAACUUUUAAAGGCUACUAUAACAGCACAUACCUUUGUCCAGCUCAAACCCCGUUUUCCUCUAGAAAUUACGUGGUAUCCAAAUAUUCUCAGUUACGACGUAGAAGGUCUCAUCAUAAAUCACAAGUUAAGAGUGUGGAACGCAUCGCUGCGGUCCAUAUAUAUACAUUGCUGUGGAUUGUGGAAUGAAAGGGGUCGUCUCGGUGCGAGUUGGAGUUGCUAUCCGCGCACCAGAUUUUUGCUUGCACCUGGUCUCGCCGCAGAUUUGUGUAUAAAGGCUACUCCUAAAGACUUUUCUCCAGUACCGUCUGCCUGUAUGGCUAUACAAUUAGCAGCUGCUCAUUUAAGAGAUCAUGUUGUAGGGACACUUAGUGCAUGCUGCUACCUUUAUUCUGCUACCACAAAAGCUUGUCCCCAGAUCAUAUUACAGAUGAAGAUGACAUGCGCACGAGACAUUGCAAAAUCAGAUAAAUACUUGAAUAUCGCCUCCGACAACAAAAGAUCGGAUUGCAGAACUGCAAUCGAAUCCGCACCCAUUCCUCGGAAGCUACAGGCGCCAGCUGCCGAUGCCGUAUCAAAUGCCACGCAGAUAAUAAAGGAUUCGUUAAUACGAAAAACGGUAUGCGAAUCUGAAGCAUAUUCGAAAUGUUUUUACGCUAAAUCAACUCCAAACACAGAGGAUCUGUUG